AUGUUCGGUCUUGCUAGUAGGAGAUCAGCGCUUGCGCGCUCAAAAUGUUUGGCAACUACACUGCCGGCACGAGCUGCAGUCGGAGCUCAGUCAUCCUACAUCAACAUCCAGGACUUUCACUCCACGCCCUCGCAGGCGGAUUCUCGACCGACAUGGAUGCCCAUGCGCGUUAAGACGCCUUGGAUUGAUGCAUUGACUCAGAGCCGCGAGGCUCAGAAGGCCGGGGCACAGGAAAGUGUCGCGCAGAGCAUUAAGCCCGAUGUCACGCCGAAGAAGAUGUCGGAUAGCUAUUACAGUGCAAUUCUUCCUUUGGCCCAGGAUAAAUGGCUUCUAGAUUCUUACCUCAACUCAUCUGGACACAUCAGACUGGGUUCCCUACUUAUGGAUCUUGAUGCCUUGGCUGGCAUAGUUGCCUACCGUCACACAGGUGACGGAGUGUCCACUGUCACCGCGGCUUGUGACAGAAUCACCAUUGAGAACCCGCUGAUGGAGAUUUGCGAUCUUGAGCUCAGCGGUCAAUGUACCUAUGCAACAGGUCGGUCGAGUAUGGAAAUUUCGCUCCAGGUCACCAAGGCCCGUCCGGAAGGACAGGAGGCGAAGCCAGAAGAUGUCCUGAUCACUUGUGCUUUCACCAUGGUUUCCUUGGACCCUGCUACUAAGACACCCGUCCCCGUGGCUCCCCUCAUUGUUGAGACUGAAGAAGAAAAGCGCCUCUUCCGAAAGGGCGAGGAACACUACCAGGCCAAGAAGGCCCUGCGCACGCGCAGUCUCUUGGAAAAGGCACCCGAUGCCGAAGAAAGUAACCUGAUCCACUCAAUGUGGACGAAAGAGAUGUCCUACUUGAAGCACAAAGGCGCCGUAACCCGCCCAGCAAACCAGGCCUUCAUGAGCGACACAGUCCUCAAAUCCGCCAUGAUCAUGCAACCCCAAUACCGCAACCGCCACAACUUCAUGAUCUUCGGUGGUUUCCUCCUGAAACAGACCUUCGAGCUGGCCUUCUGCUGCGCUGCAUCCUUCGCCCACGCACGACCAAACUUCCUCUCGCUCGAUCCCAGCACCUUCGAGAACCCGGUUCCCGUCGGCAGCGUGCUGUAUCUGCGCGCGACGGUCGCGUACACAGAGCCCGAUGAGCGCGAGGGCGACAGCACCAAGUACACCAAGGUGCAGGUGCGCGUUGACUCCAAGGUCCGGGAUGUUGAGCACGGCACGAAGAAGUCCACCGGCAUGUUCAACUACACUUUCCUGGUAGAGAAGGACGUACAGGUCAUGCCCAAGGGAUAUGGCGAGUUCAUGCUUUGGGCUGAUGCGCGUCGCCGUGCGCAAAAUGCUGCUGCGCUUGUUCCGUCGCAGAAGAUGAGUGCGCUGCGCAGUAUCAAGGACAGUGUUACCGAGUAG